CCCAAAUCCGCCCGGCAAAGAUCAAUUCGCUGCUCCGCAACUGGAAGAGACUGCGAUCUGAGCUAUGGCGAUGGCGACGGCGACGACGAUCUUCAUCGCUCUCCAAUGUUGCCAAUGCUCCACCAUGCAGGUGAAGCAGCAGAAGAAGAGAAGCAACAGGUGGAUGUGCGUCGUCUGCAACCAGAAGCAGUCCGUGAGGAAGGUCUUUGCCCGGGGCUUCGUGGCCAGGGACGUCCGCAAGUUCGUCCAGUCCUUCAACAUGUCCCGCCUCUCCUCCUCCGAUCUCGGAGCCCUAGAUCCGCCGCUCGAAGGCGGAGGAGGAGGAGGAGGAGGAGCGGUCCGCGAUCGUGCGGGCGGUGGCGAUGGGAGGAAGCUGAAGAGGAGCGAUUGGAGCGAGUAUCUCGACGUCGAGCAAGACAUGCGCGCCGAAGAAGAAGAAGACGAUGGGGAGAUGAAGAUUGUGACGGAACUUACCAAAGAAAUUCCCAAGAAGCCCAAACUGAGGGACUCCUCUCGUCGAUCGGAUGGUCCAAAGGGCGACAAGCUCUUUAAACCAUCGUUUGCAACCGGAAAUAUCCGGAAACAGACUACUUUUCCAGAUGAAGAGCCAAAGAAGAACCAAAAUGAGUUAGCUUUCAGGACUUCCAGUUGGACGAAUUCCAAAAGAGAAAAUGACAUCGACCCAGUGAUCAGUCAAUCAACUGCAGCCACAAGGAGUACCACCAAAUGGAGCGAUUACAUGUCACAAGAUGAAGAUACCUUGCAGGUAGGCAUGUACAAAGAUGAUGCGGAUCGAUUUAGUAAUGGUGCCCUGGAAUCUAAAACAAAUGAUCAGAAGGUAGAGGAAGAUAUUCACCCAGAUUUUAUGUGAUGCUUCAUUCUGCAAUUCUGAUAAUUUCCCUUGGGCAUCCUAAUCAAUUUCCCUUGUUAAUCGGCCAACCAUACAUCACCGUUAGUAAUCAGUGUAUCUUUUUUCAUACAUGUUCAGGAAGAUCAUGUUCAACCAGACAUCACUGUUAAUAAUCAGAGCAUCUUUUCUAUACU